CUUGUAAACAUCUUGCAUACGGCAUUUCAGUGACAUCAUGGUUAGCCUAUUAUAAAGUUAUAAACCAUAGUUAGCUAUUUGCCCCUUCUGAAUCAGCGCCAACACCACGCGACGGCGACGUACUGCACUAAUCCCGUCCGUCGCCUCCACGACUGGAUUACCUAAAGCACUCUAACGCUAAGCAGCAGUGAAGGGGGGAGGCAGCAGUGAGAGGGCUUCCCAAAAAUCCCUAGCAAGAUGAGUCUGGCAUGUCUGGUAUGCCAUAGUGUAGAAAGUCCCUUGCACUCUUCUUUCAGAAGCUACUCUGUUUCAAGUUCAUCAGACAAUGAAGGAAGAUGCUCUGCUAUUUCCAGUUGCUUGACCCGGAAGACUUCGCUCCCACACUCUUACCGUGUUACGAAAUCUAAGGUGACACCUCAACCUACUGCUGGUCAGACUGGUACUGUUGUGACUGGGGGUCCCCCCAGGCUAGUUCGGAGCCGUGCUGUCUCAAGGGACCUUGUUAGAGACUGGAACUUCGAAGGGGUUAUUGUGUUAGCAGAAAGUUAAUAACACAGACACAUUUGUGAUCAAUCAACGUGUUGUGAACAACCACCUCAGUUGCUUUGUGUUGGGUUGUAGAUAAAAUGUCACGAUGCUAUUGUCGCAAGCAAAAUAAAAAUAAAAAUCUGUACUAGCUCGAAUAAAUUUCGAGGUACCCUUGUUCAUAUAUGUGUGUGCAUUUUGCCUGUGGUUGCUUGAGUGAGUUCAUGCCGUGGCUGAUAUUUAUUUAGAUUGAGAAAUAUUGUGAACUACACACAUUGUAUAAAGGAGAGUAUAUUUCCAGGCAUAAAAUCAAUGCUGAAAUUAGUACAUAGGUCAGUAUAUUAGACGUCUUUCA